AUGAGCACUCGUGAACCUCUUCGCGGCUCCUGCUUAUGCGGUCGCAAUCAGUAUUCGAUUGACAUCCCAGAUAAUGUAACAGAUCACGCUCAUAUAUACUUUGACAGCAGCCGGGAUCACCGAAAAUCAUAUGGAUCACCUCUUACCGCAUGGCUGCGAGUUCCCCUGAACUGGUAUCAAUCCCACACUGAGUCUUACUUUCCUGAUGAAACCCAUACCACCAUUCGUCGGGUCUUUACGCCUCACCAUGCCCCUCACACACAGCGCAUCUUCUGCGGAUACUGCGGCACUCCGCUCACAUACUGGAGUGAGAUACCUCGAGAGGAGGCGGACUAUAUGUCUGUGACGAUUGGUAGUCUGUACGGCGAGGCUCAACGCAUGCUAGAGGACCUCGACCUUCUUCCGGGAUCGUCGGAUGAAGGCGAAGAGGAGGAAGAGGCCGGAGAAGCAGGUGAGAAAGAGGAGAGGACAGGCGUGACCGUGAGUCCAGCUGAGCAUAGGCAAACAUCGUCCGCCGAUUCAACAGUUCUCGUGCCUUCGCGGGCUCGCGCGCCUGACCUGACUCGGAGCUACCGCCGGGGUACGACGCGGGGUAUGCCGUGGUUCGAGGAGAUGAUUGAGGGAAGUCGACUGGGUCGCAUAAUGAAGACAAGGCGUGGUGUAGGGGUCAGUGAUGACAGUUCGACGACAAUAGAAUGGGAGGUGACUGAGUGGAUGGAUGAGGAUCCCAGCGAAGAAACGCAGGCCGCGUCAGAAGACGCGCGAAGCGCCGUGAAACGAAAAAGAGGACAUUACGUCGACACUGAGGGGCCCGGGUCGGCCGCAAAACAAAUGUGA